GAGAAGCAGACAUUGAGUGAAACAGUUCAAAUAGUAUAAGAAUGUUAUUAUAAAUUAGAAGAAUAAAUUUAUUUAUUUAAUUGGUUUGAAUGUUUAUUUUUGAUAGUCCAGAAGAAUAAAAUAUUCGUUUCAAAACGAUGGCUUCGAAACUGUUAGCUAUAAGAAAUAUAGGAUAUAAACCCUUGUCCUUGCUAGUUAAGCAAAUUCCUAUUCAACCUGUACCAUAUAACCUAAAGUUAUUGAGCACUACUCCAGUGGUUUCUGUUAAUUUUUUCAAUAAAUUACCAGCAGAUAAGUUAUGGAAAUCGGUGACCUCAGUAAGUAAUGCAGGUGCGAAAAAAGGUCGUGGUAAAGGUGCUGGGCGUAUUAGAAUACGCGAUCUGAACAGAGGUCAGAUUAUUGGUGUGGGAAAAAUUAAUAUGUUAUGGCCAGGCCUGUCAGCACCUGUUAUCAGAGGUAGAGAAUUACUGAAGCAGCAAAGACUACCUGAUGAUCCAGAAAGGAUUGAGAAACUAAUUAAGCUUAGAGACUCUAUGACCAAGUUUCGACGUUUGAAGCUUAGUCCUAUUGAAAGAGGAUGGUCUGGAUCACGAAUGCCAGGCCGUAGUAUUGGACCUCCAGAUCCAGUGGGAGAAGAUGAAUUUACUGGGUUUGAUACAAAAGUUCUACAGCUCAGGUCUCUGCUAAUCAUGAAGGGAAGUUUGGGCCGUACUAGAAACUAUCAGGCCAUGGUAGUCACUGGGAAUGGGCAAGGUCUUGCUGGUUUUGGAUUUGGAAGAGCUAAAGAAGCACCUGCCGCAUUAAGAAAAGCCAAGAACAGAGCUGGACAAAAAUUAAUGCAUUUUGAAAUCUAUAAUGGCAAUACAGUUUUCCAUGAUUUCUAUACUGCAUUUGGGAGAACAAAGAUAUUCGUACAAAUGAAAAAUGAAGGAUAUGGUUUGAACUGUCAUAGAGCUAUUAGAGAAAUAUGUCGAGCUAUUGGUAUUAAGGACUUGAGGGCUAAAGUUGAGGGAUCGAACAAUCUACAACAUAUUGUAAAGGCUUUUUUCAUUGGAUUGUUACAACAGAGAACGCAUCAACAGCUGGCUGAAGAGAAAAAGCUUCAUCUAGUAGAGUAUAGAGCAGAGAAUGAACGUUACCCAAAAGUGGUUGCCAGCCCAAGUGAGGUGAGAACCAAGGAACAGAUACCACAAACAGAAACAUUAGACUUUAAUCAAUAUGUAAUGAAUGACAAAGUCAUACUAAGGAAAAAGAAAUUCCCUCGUUUCUACGAGACUAUGCCACAUUAUGACAUUUACCUGAAGAAAUAUGAAAGGUAUAGAAACCACGAGAAAAUUCGACUAAAUCUCAAAAUGGAAUAUGGUGAAAUUAAGAGUUUUCUAACUGAUAAGUAUCCUGAAGAAAAAACACAAGAUGCAUAAUUGUAAUUAUUUAGAAUAGCGUAGUUGUAAAUAAACAUUAUAGAAAUUA